AUGCCGAGCUAUCGUGGCGCUCGCGGCUCUGACGGUGGAUGGGGCUCCCAAGAAGAUCAGUGGGGCCGUGGAUACGGUAGAUCUACCAAUAGCGCCCACAAUCCCUAUGAGGUCAAGAUGCCGAGGUUCCUCGUGCCGAUCUACGAAGGUCUGAAGUUCCCUGAAGACACCUCGAUCGUGGUUGUCGACAACCGCGACGACAGAAUGGUGUCGCCUUUUCAGGCGUGGCUUGUUUCUGAGAUCAUGUCAAACGCUGCCAGCUCCAUCAACGUGCUCACAGAGAGAGACCAAGUGAUGCCGCCUAAUUCAGGUUUUUCAGUGGCUCUUUUUGCCAACUAUACACUGGAUGGGAUCAAGGUGGUCUUGGCGCUCUCGCUCGAGAGUGAGACUGGCACUACGUGCGCUGGAUGGGAUGGUGAGACGGCAGCAGCUCUGUCGCACCAGGCUUUUCAGCCUUUCACGUGGCCGAUGCUCAGGGACACAUCAGCAAGCUACACAGACGUGAAGAUCUACAACGGGAAUGAGAUCCUGUUCCAUUGGAUCUUCAGAGGCUUCAGGUCAGACACAGACUUGACAGUCCAGCAACAGUUCGUUGGCGAGCACCUGGUCAGAGAAGUGAACCAGGGAAAACCGAGGCUCUCAGUGGUGAUCGCCGUGUUCAUCGGCUACAGGGUAUCAGUUCUGAGCUUUGAGUGCGGGGGUCGCACAUACUCAGUAGGACCCCGUGGCUCCGUGGUUGCAGGCGACUCUGCCAGAUCGCGGUUUGAGCUCCGGUGUUGUUCAAGGUCUACGGCUGACGCAGUGGGCAAUGACGCCGAUCGUGUGGAGUUCCGGUUCAGGGACUCAAACAACAGGAUUGAUUUGAAGUGUUCCAGGACGUCAGUUCCCGGGACAUGGCUCACUGUCUCACACAUCUCUGGACCGACCUUGAUCAAGACCAUACAGUCAGUGAGGGAGAACAAAGCUCGGGUUGAAGGUCCUGAGCAGACCGAGCAGUUCGCGCAGCUCGUGGGCAGCAUGGUGGUGUUCAUCCCCGGAAUGGAGGAGGGCAACUUUCACGUGCAAGCUCGAUCGAAGCUGCUGGUAAGGGAACCUGAAGUCGUUCCAGCCAAAGCUCUGGCCGAGAUGCAGCAUGGCGAGGCUGUGAAAGCUCCCACAGGUCCCCCCUCUUUGACAGGGGAGGCAUGGUUGAGCUCAGCCGAGACGGUCGCCAACAUGGUCAGCGGUUCCAAGGGAUCAGAAGAGAUCGUGCCAGUUCGGCAGCAAGCCAACUACGAGCUCAACUUCAGGUCCUUUGCAACCAAACAUCCUCAAGAAGGGAAACGUGGUCACGUUGUGGAUGCAGAACGAGAUCGUGCUCGCUGCGAUCGCAGGUUUGCAAGAUCCACAGCUCAGCUCACGCCCCAGUUGUUUCAUGAGGAGAUUUCCAGGCGAUCGUACAAUGUCUCUACGGCGACGAUCGAAGAGGUUGAUGCAGAGCUUCUCACUCCACCAGAAGACUGGGCGGCUUGGGGCAAAGAGAACGUGGUGGAAGAUGCGGUGGCAGAUCGCCCAGCUCUUAGCAAAGUGCCUCACAGCACUCCUGCAGUUGGGUCUACGGAAUGCAGUGAUCAAGCAGCACCGACCACAGCUCCCCAGUCGUUUGGUCCAUCGGCUCAGACGGGUUGGAUCCCCAGUCCUGAUCAUGCACGGGCUGUGGGCGAUCGCUCCCGGGGCCUCAAUCGUAUAGAGCUAUGGCUGUCGCUAGCAGAUGAUGGGGAUGGGGAUACAGCAGAUCACAAGCUGUGCCUAAUCCUGUCUGCUCUGACCCAAAAACAAGAGGUGAUGGAUCAGAUUCUUAGCCGGCUGGAUAUGGUCAACGUCUUGGCCUCUAUGGUGUCCAGAUCAACUGAGAAGAUCCGCCGUGAGAUAGCGGUAGACUUGGGCUAUGGGUACGCUGAGCCGGCGUCGAUCGGCGCAAAGCGUAAGCCUGUGGCCGGCCCGCUUCCUACGCCAGCUCCUCUGGUAGUCGGAGCCAGACCUUCGGGUCAGGGACCGACAGAGGAAGUUCCAUCUAUCCAGGUGGUCGAGGCUUCUGAAAGGAAGAAGUGGGGGCUCAGGCUCCAGAAGAUCUGCGAGCGCGCAGGUGCAGCCUCUGGGCUCAAUGAUGCAAAGAGGUGCGCUGGCCUGCUGCCAGCUGAGGCAGCUCGCCUCAAGAGCCUGGCGUUUGAGGCAGGCGGGUUCCGCACCAUCAGACAGAAUGUUCGUUAUUGGGAGAAGUUUGAAGAGUGGUCGAUCGGCCACGGACUACGCGUGUACCCGCCCACGAUCGUUGCAGUCAUGAGAUAUGCACUGCACCUGCGCGAUCAGGGGUGUGGUCCCUCCAUUUUGCCUGCGUUCAAGUACGCACUGGGGUGGAUACGCAAGAGGCUCGUCAUGCAGACCCCGAACAUGGCAGAUCCACAGCUCAAGGCCAUCAUAGAUGAGGUCUACAAUUUGCGAGGCAAGGAGCUCAAAGAGGCGGUCCCAGUGCCACCGAAGAUGGUUCUUGCCUUAGAGCUCCUUUGUAUUAAGCUCAUCAAGGAGAAGAAGGACGCAGCAGCGAUCUUCGUGUGGUGGGGGCUCAUCCUUAUCUAUGCGUCGCUCAGGUUCGACGACGGGAUCCAUGUGGCCCCGCUAUCACUGCAGAUGAACCAGGACGCUCUCCUGGGUGUGGUAUGGCAGACCAAGGUCGAAAGGAAGAAGCGAGGCACGAGAUUCGCAGUGCCCGCAUGCUCUAUGUCGGACCAUGAUUGGCUCGAAGAAGGGUGGAAGAUCUUCCAGCCGUUCAUCUCGGAGAGGGAUUACUUCAUCUGGGAGAUCAAGAAUGAGAAAGAGUUCUCUGCUGCUCCUAUUUCAUACUCGAGAGGGUUGGCUUGGCUCAAGCACUUCAUGCUCCUAGGCCUUGCAGAAGCAACCAAGCUCGGCUACGUGGCAGCAAAUGAAGUUGAUCAACUGGAAGAAAGCAUCCAGGUGAUCACUUGGCACUCUAUGAGAGUCACCAUGUUGUCGGAGGCAGUGAAGGCGGAUGUUGACGACAAGAUCGUCGGCUUACAAGCCAAUUGGAAAGAUCCGAGCCAGUUGGUCUUGAAGUAUGCCCGGCAGCGCAAGGAGCUCUCAGUGGCCAUGGUCAAGCAGAUGGCGAGCAAGCUCAAAGACGCAUGGCUCCCAGACCCUGAGAAGUUCGUCAUUGAAGAAGAAGACGAGGAAGUCACGGAACCGGUCGUGACUGAGUUCAUCGUCAAGGCAACUCUGCCAGAGAAAGCUCUGGUAUCAGCAGAUUUUAGGCAAAUUUUUGGGCGCAUGGGCUUGCCGCAGGCUCUGUGCCGUUCGGCAGCAGAUGGCGGGCUGCUCUCUGUGGAAAUCUUUGCAAUGUUGGGAGACACUGCACAGGCAGUGAAAACCUCGCUCAGGACCAUGAUCGCCGAGGCAGAUCUUGGCACGACAGAUGCUGCCAGAGAGCUGGCACUGAUGCAGCUCGCAGCAGUAUGGCAUGCAUGUCACGCUCUUCAAGGGCAGUUUGCCACCCGGCGGGCGCGCAUGGAAGAGGACCCAAACAAGGUUCCGGAGAUGGCGCAAGAAGAUCAUGCUGAGUUCCGAGCGCGGUUUGUUCAAGCCCACCCAGAUGUCAUUUUGCUGGACGCUAAGGAGCCCCACAAAAAGUUCGUGGAGAAGCUCAGCCGUGAUUUCUUGGUUCACGGCAUGGUGCCGUACUACUCAGUGGCCGAGAUCCGGACACGUUCCGACAGCAUAGUGCAGAAGUCGGGGCUCUCCAAGAACGCAGAGGAUCUUUUGACGAUAUCCAAGGCGGAUGAACCUGAUCAGGUCACUGAUUCCAUGACCAUGAUGAACAGGAUCCAUGCCUUUUUCAUGGCCUUGGAAUAUCUCAACAUUUGCACCUAUUCUCGUGCGGCUGGCCCACUGCGCUACAUGCAGGAGCUCGAGCAAUUUCGUUCGGAGUGCCCGGGCCUGCCUUACCUGUUGGCUGCAGAUUCUUUGAUCAGGAAGAAGGUCAAUAGGUUGCAAGCUGAGCAGCGCCAACUAUAUGGCACGUUCGAGGACGCCAUCAUUGAGGUCCUGAACAACCACAAGUACCUUUGGAACGACGCCCGAACCAAGGCAGUUCUUUCCAAAGUCGAUCGGCGCAGAGAGGAAGCCAGCGAGACAGGCGACUCGCAAGACAAGGUCGUCGAGGCGGUGCCCAAGAGUUCUCCCAACAAGGAGCGGAAGAAGCGCCAGCGGCUCCGCAACAAGGCGCUCCUUCGUGAAGCAAAGGAUUCCAAAGUCAAGAAAGAGCCAGCUGACAAAAAGUCAGCCUCAACAAGAGACGAGAAGGUCAGCAAGGACAAGCGGAUCCCAGACACAGAGUGGAAAGCGAUCGUGCAAGCCGCUAGCUCAGUCUUCGCAGGGGAGGCAGGGCUGACACAAGCCAUCAUUGCUCGUGGCAUUAAGACCCUGCCCCCUAUUGAGAUCUUGGCCAACAAUUUUGUCGUCGAAGAGGUUGAUAUUUUGGAUCCCAAGGUUUUUCAACAUUUGUGCAAGUUAAUUCAAGCAGGGUGCAUUUUCUUUAUUCAUUUUGGCACACCCUGCUCUUCUUUUAGCCAAGCUCGCAAAGAUGAUGGCGGCCCCCCACCGUUGCGUGAUCGACACAACCUGUGGGGGCGUCCAGCACUUUCUCAGCAAGAUCAAGCAAAAGUCGAGCUUGGUAACCAGUUCAUGGACCUCACUGCGAAGCUCUUGGUUUUAUGUUGCCAGUUCGGCGUUCAUUGGUCGCUGGAGAACCUGGCGACGUCUUACUUGGGGGACAUGCCCCCAGUUCGCUCUCUGGCGGCUCGUGACGGAGUGGGCCGGUUCAAUCUGGACAUGUGCAGGUUCCAAUCCAAACACAAGAAGCCUACAGCGCUCUUGUCUGAUUGCGACCUCAGUGCGCUGGCGCUCUCCUGUGAUCGAGACGCGCGGCCUCAUGUUCACGAACCCUUAGUGGGCAUGGUCAUGUCCAAGGGCAAGAAGAUUUUCAAAACCAAGCUAGCUCAGGUCUAUCCCACGCUUCUAUGUCAAGCAUGGGCAAAGGUGAUCGCAUCUCUGCAGGCUGAUCCGCUGGCUGCCACUUUUCAGAUGGCCGUGCCAGCUCAUGAACGGAAACGGCCGCUCGGCCAGCCACUGCCAUGGGUCGUGCACAAGCAACGCGCGACAGCAGAGAAAGCUCGUGAUGCAGGAUACCAGCUCAAGCGUUCGGCUCUACCGCCGAUCUUGCAGGUUGAGAUGGAACCUGGUCAAGCUGUUCAACAAGCUUUACAAGUUCCCCAUCCUUUCACUUUGGAUCCAGCGCUUGAUCCUGAUCUUCAAGAGGCUUUGGCGUUUGUCGUGCAUAAGCCUCACCAACUGCUUGGUCAUCGGCAAGGUGCUUUACAGUUCUGGGCUGCGCGGGCUGAGCGUCUUUUGCCGCUCACGGAUCUGGAGCUCCGUGCUAUCCAGGAUCCCUACCUGCGGUCGCUACUGCGCGGAGUACCCGAUGACCAACCUGCUCAGCUUGGCACGGUCACGCAUGUCGCCCUGUGGCGAGAGCUGCUCGCUGCCAGUCGAUGUAUUGACAGCUCAUUGGUGGACGAGAUGAUCAAUGGCUUCUCCAUCGUCGGCGACAUCAAGCGCUCUUUUCGUUGGCCGCGAUUGCCGCUGCCAGAUGAUGCUCUUCCAGAACAAGAUCUUGUUUCGAGGGCCUGGGAUUUUUCCAACAAGGUCUUGCGGAACGUGAAAAGAUCCGAAGUCACAGAGAACACCUCCAAGAUCUGGGAGGCGACUAUGGAAGAUGUUCGAGAAGGUGUUACAGCAGGUCCUUUCUUCUCUAAAGACGAGGUUGACGUGUUCCUCGGCACUGAAAAUUGGAUCCCUACUCAGCGGUUCGAAGUGGUGCAGAAGAACAAGGUCAGAGGAGUGGACAGUGCCACGAUCAAUGGUAUCAACAUGGCUUCCAGGAUCCUGGAAAAGAUCGAGCUGCCAUCUACAGAUGCGAACGUGUCUGCUUUGAGCGUGAUCUCGCUUCGCGAACCUGACACGGGGAAGAUAUCCUUCUUUGUCAUGAUUGGUCAUUCUUUUGGUUUGGUGGCGGCGGUCUACAACUACAAUCGUAGAUCUGCGGCCAUUACCGACAUUUUACGUCGGGUCUUUUUCGUGGCGGCAUUCAACUUCUACGAUGAUAAGUACGGGUUCGAAACCGACGUCACCUGCUCUUCAGCCUUUGAGAUCGCUCAGAAGGUUCACUGGUGGCUAGGUGCCAAGUUCGACCCCAAGAAGCUCCAGCUCUGCGAGGACCCGACGAUCUUGGGGGUGACCUACGAUCUGAAAGCUAUGUGCUUGAGGAUCAAACCUUCGCGAAAGGAGGAACUGCUGGACGAGAUCAAGUCUAUCAUCUCCUCCGAGAUAUUGUCGCCUGGACAAGCAGGCAACUUGCGCGGCAAGCUCAUGUUUGGCGCUUCCCAGUUGUGGGGGAAGAUUGGCAGGGCCUUUCUGAGAGCUCUCUCGGAGAGGCAGUAUACGAGAUCCCCAAAGACUGGUCUCAACCUUGCGCUGAAGCUCGCGCUGAAACAGUGGGAGCUGCUGAUUGAUCAUGGGCCUCCGAGACCUAUUAUUGCAUCGGGCGCUCGACCCGCUGACUACGUCAUUUUCACGGAUGGCAGCUUCCCUGAUCAGAAGAGCGACCUGCGAGAUCCUUGGAUUGGCGGCGUCCUGUUCAAGAAAGGAGCCAGACCGAUCCAGUUCGGAUGCAUAGUGGGCAUGGACUUGAUCGAGAAGUGGAUCCCGCGGAAGUCACAGAUCGCCAUGGUUGAACUCUUCGCUACGGUCGUGGCGCUCCAGACUUUCAAGCCCUGGAUCUCCAACUCUUGGUCCCUGCUCUUUGUUGACUCUGAACCUGUUCAAGGCGCGUUAGUGAAGGGUUACUCUGCACGUGAAGAUCUUUGCGAAUUGGUAGGUUUGUUGCUGCUGGUGGCGCAGGGCUCGCGCUGGCUCUGUGGCGGGAGUAGCUUCGCCGCCUGUGUGGAGGUCUCGGUGCCGGGCUCCCGAAUCGCCGCAGUGCUGGGCGGCAUGUCAGCGAUCAGCUCAGGGGUCACCAACUUCUUGGGCACUGCCGGUUUCUUUGGAAACACUUGGAGAGAAGGGACCCCAGUUGGGCUGCUGGAUGAUGUGCAGUCUGGAUAUUUGGAUCUGCAGGACGAUCUGGCUCCAACUGGCUGGGCACGGCGGAUGGCGCCGAACUUGCAACUGCAAGUGGAGCAAAAACAUCUCUUUGUGUGGGAUGUCUCGGUCAUCGCAACAGGUCUUUGUCCUGUCAAGAUCUCUAUGUCCUCCGUCCGACUUCUCACCUGGUUCGGCCAAGGAGUUGCAUUGAUCAUGGCAUCUCUGUCAGUACUCCUAGCAUGGCUGGAAGACUCCGCUGGGCGCUUCCUUGGGGAGGGCUCUUGGAUUGCACUGGCGGCAUUUCUGCUGAUUCUAAGCAGCGCCGUGCUGAGCGCACGGGAAGCACUGCUCAGUGAUCCAGAGGAGCAACAGGAACAUUGGACCGCCGAUGAUGAUUCGCUCGAUAUGCAUCCGAGACGUCUCAGUUUCACUGCGAUGCCUUCCCACGGCGGCCAUGGCGGAUUUGAUGGACACAGGGGCUGGAGUCCAGCAAGAGCAGUCUCAG